AAGUCGAAACGACGACGUUAGUAUAAACCCUGAUUUUGAAUAUUCUAUUGCAGUGAUUAGGUUCUUGGGGAAGGAAGGAGAGAGAACAAAAUGAAAAUUGGUUCGCGAUAUGUUUUCUUCAUUUUAUGCUGAGAUACUGAUCAGCGGAUUAAUUCAUCAACAAGAUAAGAGAAAUCCAAAGAACUAAAGGCUGAAAAAUGCCAUUGUUGUCAACGAUUGUUUGCUCCUCCCUGAAAAGUUCGGAAGCAUCUCCUCGGAUUCUCAGACGGUUUGUUGCAUCUAAGAGAUUCUCCUCAUCAAUUUUCACAAGGUGUGGCCAGAGCAAUGUAUCCCGCUAUCCAUUAACUGAACCAACAAUAGUGGGGGAUCCUGAGGGUUUGAAUUGUUUCAAGAGGUUUGGUUCAUCUAAGAGAUAUUACUCUUCCAGUACAAGGUCCACGAGCAGCAAUAAGCCUUCUCUUCCCUUACCUGAACAGGCUGUGGCUCCUGUCUCUUGGAGAUCAUUUCUAAUUCCUGGUUCUGUUCUAGCUGGGAUUGGUGGGUUGGUUUUGUUCAUUCACUAUAAUGAUGAGAAGAGAGCAGUGCCAAAAGGUAAGGGUGAAAAGUUUGAAAGAAGUGCCAUUCAAGGGCCGAUUAUUGGUGGCCCUUUCAGUCUAAUUGAUACAGAAGGUCAGCUUGUAACUGAAAAGAAUCUUCUGGGGAAUUGGGUUCUUUUAUAUUUUGGUUACACUUCAUCCCCUGAUGUUGGGCCAGCAGAAGUUCGUAAGAUGGCCAAUACUAUUAAUAUAUUAGAGUCAAAAGAGAAUACCAAGGUCUUACCCAUAUUUGUCACAAUUGAUCCUCAGCGGGACACCCCUUCGCAGCUUCGCGCUUAUAUCAGAGAGUUUGACUCGAGAAUAGUGGGGUUAACCGGACCAGUUGCUGCUAUAAGGCAGAUGGCACAAGAAUACAGAGUAUACUUCAAAAAGGUCGACGAAGAGGGAGAUGAUUAUCUCGUUGAGUCCUCUCACAACAUGUACUUGAUUAAUCCAAACAAGGAGGUGGCAAGAUCCUUCGGUGUUGAAUAUAGUGCGGAGGAACUUGCAGAGGCUAUUACCAAAGAGCUGAAAAAAACUAAGACAACCAUUUCAUCAAGUUGAUGUCUCCUACGCUUCUGUGGUCUAGAAGUUGGAGGGAUGUAUUUAUUGCUUGUGAUAAAUAUUGCCACGAUUUGACUUUUGGGAACGAAGAGAAGAUGAAAUUAAGUGAGAUGAUUAUUGAAGCAUGUGCAUGUGAGGAAAAUGAUAUUGCUGUACAAAACAGGGACAUGAAUUUAGAUAGAGAAUGACCAAGAAUUUCUACACUGCUUUUUGUUUGAACUUUAGACUUAAAUGUACAAUCUUGUUCAACUGUCUUUCUGUACGUUGAUCUAUUUAUAAUGGUUGUACUUGUAA